AUGGGAUGUCUUUUCGGAAAAUAAGAAUAAACGCAAAACAGAUAUCAGAUGAAGGAAUAUGACAAAUUUAAAGUUCUGCAAUUAAGUAUAAUGAAUGGUUAAUAUCAUCUAAGUUCAAAGUAGUGAAGAGAUGUUUUUAAUUUUUAAUCUUUAGGUAUAUUUAUUACUAAAUAGGGUGCAUGGUAUAUGAAAUAUUUAAACUUGUAGGAAUCACUGGAUUUAUUAGAAAUGUGAUGGCAAACUUCUUUAAUUUUUAAGUAUUUACAAAAUCAUUACAUUUUUUCUUAGGUUAAGUACAUUAAGAUCAGCAGAUAUUGUCACAAUUAUUUCCAAUAAACAAACACAAUUUUUAAUUAGUAGUAAUAAAUGCAAAAUACAUAUCAAGCUGAGCAAUUUGCCUAAGCCUUUGUUUUACUAAAUAAUAUAAUCUGAUGAAGCUUUUUUAAAAAAGAACAUGAUCAAUAAAGAAGAAGUAUUUAAUGAACAAUACUCAUGUUUUGAUGAAUCUGAUAUUGAAAUGGAAUAAGAGCCAGAAAUUGAUCUAGCAAAUCAAUCAUUAGACCUUUCUGAUAUUGACAACAAUAACAAUAAUGUAUCUCCAAUAAAGAAGGCCAAUUUUGAUGAUGAUUAAAUUAAUCAUUAAAAGUUAAUCUUAGAUUACUUGGAUCAUUUUUGUCCUCAAACAGAAGACUAAUAUUAUAAAUGGUUAAUAAGCGAAAAAGUAAUUUAAUAUCUCCAACAAUCAUUAUAUAUCAAUUUAUGGUUUAAUAGAUUGGAUAUAGAAGAAAAAUUUGUUUGGCAGAAAACUAAUAAUAAUUCAUUUGUGAAAAGAAGGUUUUAAUUGAUUGAAAACAAAUUGCUCAUUCUUUUAGGUUCAGAAAAUUAGGAUAUUAUUGGUAUUUAAUAAUAUAAUUAUAAGAACUAAUCCCUUUAAUAUAUUCAAAUAUACAAGAAGUUUAAAAACAAUAAUAUAUAAAUAAAUUUGGAAUCUCUAUUAAAUGUGAUAAAAUAAAGAUAGAUGUCUAAUUGUUUUUCGAUAGUCUAAUAGAAUUGCAUUAACUUUAUUGUCCUUAUUCUUAAAAAUAUUAAAUUCUAAAUAAAAAUAAUAAAUCACAUUUUGAAUGUGUUAACAAAUCAUUAGGAUUAAAAUUAUCAAUACAACAAUUCUAAAUUGAUAAUAAUUCUAUUUCAAAUUUAAUAAUUCAUGAUUCAUUAUCUAAUUUCAAAGGAGUAAUUAAAUGUCAUGAAAUUCAAUUUGAAAAUAACACAAAUAUAUACUAAAUUUGUGAAAAUAUCCCAUUUACACUAGAUGAAUAUCUAUAAUAAAUUAAGCAAUUAAGUGGUAUUUCAGUUUUUAUAUGUUUAGAAUUCCAAAUCAGAUUGAUUGCCAAAUAAUUCCUGGUUAUAUUUAAUUAUAUUCAUAUGAUGGGAGUGAUAAUUGUUUGCUUGAAUCCUAAUUAAAUAGGAGUAAUUCCAAAUAAAUAAGAGCCAGAUUCAAUUGAGAAGAUCGCCAUUUGCAACUUCAACUAUUCCACCUACUAAUUUAAACUUUAUAAUAAACAAAAAUUAUCUGAAUUUGCGGCACCUGAAGUAACAACUGGAUAAAUAUUUGACGAAUCAGUCGAUUCCUAUUUAUUAUAUAAAUUAUUGAUGUUUAUAAUAAGAGGAUAGCAGUUAUCUCCAAACUUUAAGGAUUUGUUGAGUAAAUUGGAGAAGAGAGUUCCAAUUAAUAAGGUCCUGUAACAUGAUGUAUUUAAAGAUGAAACAAUAACUACAAAAGCAAUUGAAAACAUGGUUAUAUUAAAGAACUGA